GAGCGCUUCUUCAAGGCAUUCCCUAUUUUAUAUUUUUUUACACCGAAUAAGUGAACCGCAACGCAUGUACAACCUUCCACAAUGGCGGGCUAUUACCUAAAUCUAAUGAAUAGAAGCCGAGGAAAAAAAAAGUAUAUAUAUCCCACAGCUGUAGAACAUCGAGUGCCUCUGUUUGCCACUUUCUGGGUUCCCGCAUGUCACUUAACACUCAUGGAUAUCAACGAGGGCCCGCUUUUGCUGGUCCUGCUCGGCAAAGGCACCAUCGACGCCCCAGCCACAAGAGCAACGACGACGUCGAAACUGGAACAAUCAUGGAGGAUGACGGAGGCAUCGAAAUCCAGGAUAGCGCUUUGACGCCCACAGCAUCCAGAUCGUCUGUAUCCAUGUCUUCACGUAUCCACCAUCAUCUUCAUCAACAUGAAGGCCUCACGGCUCCUCUUCACGAUCGGGCGGGUCGACCUAUUCGUCGGCACGGUACCGAAACUUUUGGUGAACUCCUUCUUCAUCCUCUUAAAGAAUUGGACCUUCAUCGUCAGCGUUUACAAGAGUAUCAGGAAGAACGUAAAGAAUGGGAUGAAAAGCAUCCACAAGCUUCAAAUGCCCCUGAAGCAGUUAUACCAGAGAUAAGAGUACUACCUGAAGAAGAAAAACCGUCAGUAAGAACGAUUAUUCAUUUCCGUCACCUCAUGGGCGACCAAAGCCUUCGUAUUACCAGCCAAAUUGCCGAUCAACUUAAAGAACCGCUUUCACUGCAAGACGAUGAGCUGUUGAAGCUGUACAGCAUCAAGGACACGGAUAAACUCAUCGAGUUUUUCCACAAAACCAAAAGAGAGUAUUCUCUGAAAAUUCAUAAAACAAUGGAUGUGCGUGCAGAAAUCAAUGCAAAGAAAGAAGAAGUGGCGCAACUUCGCGAAGAACUCGAAUCAAAGAAGGAACAGCUGAAAGAACAAAUUAAAUCCAAAGAAAUGGUUGUCGAUCCACAGCACCCCACCAAGGGACCGCCAGAGGAUGAAAAAUUGGAUGAGAAAGGAGAAUUUCCGAAAGACAACAUAGUCAAUCUGAACGCCAAUGUAUUUUUGGAAUUCAAAUUCUACUGGCCAGAAGGGGAUCCCACUAAAACAGCCGAAAAAACGCGUCGACCCAUCUUUGUCAUACCGGAUCCAGAUUUAUCAGAUGACAUUGGCGAAGAAAGUUCGGCUACCUGGGUAGAACUGUUCGCUGAUGUGUUCUAUGUCGGAUGGCUUAGCACCUUUACACACGCAAAUCACAUCGUUGACGGUCAGACCCUUGGCAAAUAUGCUGCAUGGUUUGUUGUGAUGUGGUGGACCUGGUGUUCUAGCGCGUUGUAUUCUUCUCGUUACGAUACCACAGAUGUUAUGCAUCACAUCUAUAAAAUUGUGGAACUGUGCGGUCUCAUUGGUAUGGCAGGUGCCAGUAACGUUUACUGGGAAACCCCUCGUGGUUUCAUUAUCGGAUAUAUGGUCAUGAAGGCGGUACUGCUCGUCGAAUACUCAGUGGUGUUGUGGGCUUCGAUCAUGUCCGGCUCUUUCGCCAAGAAACCGCUUAGUGCUUAUGUUGCUGUGAACAUGCUGUCCAUUCUUUUAUGGGGUAUUUCGCUCAUGUUCACUGCCAAAUUGAGCGCUCGAUUCGCGCUGUGGUAUGUCAGCAUCUUUAUCGAAGUCGUCGUCAACAUGCUAUUGAAACAUAACAAGCAAGUAUCAUUGGCGGCAAGCCAUCUCGGUGAGCGAUUUGGUUUAUUCACGAUCAUUGUGCUUGGCGAAAACUGUAUGGGUUUCAUCAAAAUGGUUGCUGAAUCAGAUUCAGAGGUCCGAGUGGUAGUAGCGAACAUGUUUGGUGUGGUCAUCAUUUUUACCUACUUUUUCAUGUAUUUCGAUGAUUUCAGUGCAGAGGUUUUAUCGGAAGUCGAAAUGAGUCAAAUAUGGAUGUAUCUUCACUUCCCCCUGCACUUGUGCCAGGUGGCGUUUGGUAUUGCCCUGACAGAUACUAUUACUAUUUAUCGGAAUCGUUGGGACGAUCCAGUAAAUGGAACAGCCAAUAUGGCGCAUUCAUGCGCUGGAAUUGAGUCUACCCUUGGCGAACACAGCGCUAAUGCCUUGAGCCGCUCGCUGAUAUCCGCUUUACGGAUGGCUGCCGCGCCGAUUUUCGCCGCACCUGAAGGUGGACACGCAGAGGAAGCAGAAUGCGAAGAAAUUCAUAAUAUCAACUUUGUGUACAAAGCGUUCUGGGUUUCCGGUGGAUUGAUCCUGUGUGUCAAUGCUUUGAUUAAACUCGUAAAUACGCCUGUUGCAGCCAAAUGGUCACGGCUGAUCUGCGCGUCCCGCGUGCUGAAUGCCAUUGUAUUCUUUGCUUUAACGGCAACCACGCAUGAAAAUAUGGACGGACUAAAGAUGCUUGGUGUCAUGAUGGCCUGUCUUUUAUUCCAAUCUGCGGUGGACUUGUUGGAUUAGAAUAGGAGUACCUGCACGAUUCCUGUCCUUCAAACAACUUAUUUUAUCGACCAAUUGUAGUCAUCAUUUACCCAUACUUAGACGAUACCUUUAGGCUUUUAUCUUAUAUCCUUCUUUGCAAGAAACCACCAAAAAAAUUUUGCUUCUAGAUUGUUUAAACAAUGGAACUCUCCUGAUCGGACAUAUAAAGUGAAACCAUGCUAUCGCACGGCGUGUGUGUCCCUUUUCCAGAGAGUGAUGGAAAUAAGGCUC